AUGUCAGGAAGUAACAUCAACAGUUUAAGCCAUUUCCAGAGCCAUAGGUACGCCCUAAUGAUGCUUUUCUUUGAUCCCAAGAAACUGGAGGCUGGUGAAGGAGUCUACAUUUGUGGCACCAUCAUUGUGAGUCUGCUCUUCUCGCUGGGAUUUCCUCUUCACCUCGGCAUGAAGCUGUUUCGCAAUGAAACUAGGAAUCAGAAUAUGUUAAACUUAGGCACUUUUCUGCCCUGCCUGGGAGCCUCCUCGAAGUUCAUCAUUUAUGCCUUAAACUUUGGAAAAGUGCGUCGCAUGGAGGAGUUGCUGCGAUUGCUGGAUCAGCGGGUUUCUGGACACAAACAGAGGAGUAUCUACGCCCAGGUCAGGACUCGUUUGCGAGUAAUGGUGGGCCUGUUCAUUGGCAUCUAUGCUCCGUGUGGAAUAACUGCAGUGAUGAUGUUUCUCUUUGCUGAAGAGCGGUCACUGAUGUACUACGCUUGGUUUCCCUUUGAUUGGAAAAGUUCCUUUGUGAGCUACUGCCUCGCGAAUGGCUAUCAGAGUGCUGGAAUCUCUUACCAAUUGGUGCAGAAUUAUGUCAACGAUUGCUUUCCGGCUUUGGUCUUGUGUUUGGUCGCCGCUCAUGCCAAGAUCCUGUACUGUAGGUUAGAGGAAAUCGGGGAAAAUCCUCUACAGAAUGCAGAAAGGGAGCUGGAGAAGUGCAUAACCGAUCACAAGAAUCUGUUAGAACUCUUCAGGAUUACCGAGGCCUUCAUGUCCUUUCCCAUGGCCAUUCAAUUUUUAUGCAGCGCCGUGAACAGCUGCCUUGGCAUUGCUUCGUUUUUAUUUUCCACCGAUGAGCCCAUGGUGCGGGCCUAUAGCCUCUGCUAUACCCUGGCCAUGAUCCUACAGAUUUUUCCCUGCUGUUAUUUUGGCACGGAAUCGGAGUUCUGGUUUGGACGUCUUCAUUAUGCGGCCUUCAGUUGCAAUUGGUUGAUACAGGAAAGAUCCUUCAAGCGGAAGUUAAUGCUAUUUGUGGAGAGGUCCUUAAAGAGCAGCACGGCCAUGGCAUGCGGAAUGCCGGAGUUCGCUGUCGGAGUCGGUAAUGCGCUUAAGUCCGUACAAAGUCCGUCUUGGAUCUGCGUACUGAACGCUGUAAAAUGGACCCAGGAAAAGUCCCAGGCAAAGACCAAAAAGGGACCCUACAGACCAGAAUUUAUAGCUGACAAAAAGGGAAACUAA